CCCACCCCAGCCAGCCCGGCUCCUGUCCUGCGCCCAUCCUGGGCCCGCCCGCCAUCAAGGGCAGCAGCUUCUCCAGGCUCUGGGUCCCUGCUUCACCUCGCUGCCUCGGGAGGCUGGCCUUUCCACUCCUCCCCGUGUCUGACUUCCCCUUCCUGGCUUGGGCCCCUCUGAGUGGCCCCCUUCCCGGUGUCUGCGAUUGAGUCCCCUUCCUGCCUCCUGAAGAGCAACCAUGGCCACCUACAAAGUCAAGGUGGCCACGGGUACCGACCUCUUGUCGGGAACCACGGACUCCAUCUCUCUGACCAUUGUGGGGACCCAAGGAGAGAGCCAUAAGCAGCUGCUGAACCACUUUGGGAGAGACUUUGCAACGGGUGCGGUGGACGAGUACACGGUCCGGUGCCAGCAGGACCUGGGGGAGCUCAUCAUCAUCCGCCUGUACAAGGAGCGCUACUCCUUCUUUCCCAAGAACUCCUGGUACUGCAACUACGUACAGAUCUGUGCGCCCAGUGGCCGCAUCUACCACUUCCCCGCCUACCAGUGGAUGGAUGGCUACGAGACCCUGGCACUCCGGGAGGCUACAGGAAAGACAACAGCAGAUGACACACUCCCGAUCCUUCUGGAGCACCGAAAGGAGGAGCUCAGAGCCAAGCAGGACUUUUAUCGCUGGAGGGUCUUCGUUCCCGGCCUGCCCAACUACGUGCACAUCCCCAGCUACCGCCCUCCUGUCCGCCGAAACCCUAACCGGCCCGAAUGGAAUGGCUACAUCCCAGGAUUCCCGAUUCUCAUCAACUUUAAGGCCACCAAGUUCCUGAACUCAAAUCUCCGCUUCUCCUUCCUCAAGACGGCCUCCUUCUUUUACCGCCUGGGCCCCACGGCACUGGCGUUCAAACUCCGCGGCCUGGUGGACUGCACACGGUCGUGGAAGAGACUGAAGGACAUUAAGAAAAUUUUCCCUACCAACAAGUCUCUUGUCACCGAGUACGUGUCCGAGCACUGGACAGAGGACAGCUUCUUUGGGUACCAGUACCUGAAUGGCGUCAACCCGGGCCUGCUCCGCCGCUGCACGCGGAUCCCAGACAAGUUCCCGGUCACAGACGACAUGGGCCCGUUCCUGGGCGAGGGAACGUGCCUGCAAGCCGAGCUGGAGAAGGGGAACAUUUACCUGGCAGACUACCGCAUCUUGGAGGGCAUCCCCACGGUUGAACUCAACGGCCGGAAGCAGCACCACUGCGCCCCCCUCUGCCUGCUGCACUUUGGCCCGGAAGGGAACCUGAUGCCCAUCGCCAUCCAGCUCAGCCAGACCCCCGGGCCCGACUGCCCCAUCUUCCUGCCCAGCGACUCUGAGUGGGACUGGCUGCUGGCCAAGACGUGGGUGCGCUACGCCGAGUUCUACAGCCACGAGGCCAUCUCCCACCUGCUGGAGACCCACCUUGUCGCCGAGGCCUUUGGCCUGGCCAUGCUGAGGCAGCUCCCCAUGUGCCACCCCCUCUACAAGCUCCUGGUCCCUCACACCCGAUACACCAUCCAGAUCAACAGCAUCGGGAGGGCUAUUCUCCUUAACGAGGGGGGUCUCUCUGCCAGGAGCAUGUCCUUGGGCCUGGCGGGCUUUGCCGAGGUGAUGGUGCGGGCUCUGUCGGAGCUCACCUACGACAGCCUCUACCUCCCCAAUGACUUCGUGCAACGCGGGGUUCAGGACCUGCCAGGAUAUUAUUACCGGGACGACAGCCUGGCCGUGUGGGACGCGCUGGAGAGGUAUGUGACAGAGAUCAUCACCUACUAUUACCCAUGUGACGCAGCCGUGGAGGGUGACCCGGAAUUGCAGUCCUGGGUACAGGAGAUAUUCAAGGAGUGUCUACUAGGACGUGAGAGCUCAGGCUUCCCCACCUGCUUGCGAACAGUCCCUGAGCUCAUCCGCUAUGUCACCAUCGUCAUCUACACCUGCUCUGCCAGCCACGCUGCUGUCAACACAGGGCAGCUGGAGUUCACCGCCUGGAUGCCCAAUUUCCCUUCGUCCAUGCGGAACCCACCCAUGCAGGCCAAGGGGCUGACCACUUACGAGACCUUCAUGGACACGUUGCCGGAUGUGAAGACCACGUGCAUCGUCCUAUUGGUCCUCUGGACACUCAGCCGGGAGCCCGACGACAGGCGGCCCCUGGGCCACUUCCCCGACAUCCACUUCGUGGAGGAGGCGCCGCGGAGGAGCAUAGAGACCUUCCGCCAGCGCCUGUCCCAGAUCUCGCACCACAUCCGCCAGCGCAACAAGUGCCUCCCCAUCCCCUACUACUACCUGGACCCCGUGCUGAUCGAGAACAGCAUCUCCAUCUAGGCCGCCCCCUCCCCCCGCGCCCCGCCUGUUUUCCAAUAAAAUCACU